UUAAAAUAUACAUGCACUUAUGUACCGUGUACUGGUGUACUGGGUUCCCGGAAAAGCAAAAGUACACUCGCUUUCACUUUGUACUGAACUGACAAUUUUACAGUUAAUUUGUCAGUAGCGUAUUUGGUUUAUUUCCACAACCUUUCCUGCAAGCAUGUAUUCCAUUCUGUUUCUGACCGUAUUCUUUGCAGUUCCCGGCAUCCAUGCCGCAUUUACCGUUAACCAGGACACCAGCGGCAAGAUGAGCCCCGACGUCUUCGACAAAGUCAACAGCGCCAGCGAAUCAGCGUGCACUAACCACGCCACCUCCGAAUCCAGUCUGUCCUUGAUGAGCGAACAGAUUGACAGCGAUCUGAAGAUCAGUUUGACAGAAAACAAGUACACCUGGGAGAUCACGGCUGAAACAAGUACAUCUGGCAACAUUCACAUGGUGGAUAACUCUUUGCGGUUCAAUCGACGGGCUGCUGGUCCCGAACAGCUUUAUGAGGCUGACUGCAGUGGACAGAAGAUCAGCGUCAAGGUGACAAAACUGGAAUAACCUGGUUCACAGCCGGCUCGGAAACGAAUGCAGAAAAGAAAAAUAAUUUUAUUUAUAUACAUCUGGUGAAAUCCAUGUCGUUAACCGUUACAGUUGAUAUUCGUACAAUACAAAUACCGCCUUAUGGUUUGUCAUUAAGUGAAUUUGUAUAAUGUGUACAAAUUACCAUUGUGCAUCGACGCUUGCUGGCGACUCGGCCAGCGUUAGUAACGUAUCUCGGUCCAGUUUGAUCGUUGGUGUAUUCUUACUUGUAAUUUUUGGCACAGUAAAGUUCCAGUUAGUCUGUUAUAAUUCGUCGUAUGGGGAUAUUUUACGGU